AAUCCAACAAGGGCAUAAUGAGACACUCGCAAUCUGCCAGGCCUGCAAUCCUCAAAUUCCAUUACUGUGCCUGAGAUGGUUAAGUUGGCAACCCCAAAGUUCUCUGAUUGAUCACCGAUUCAACCCUCUAAUGCCGAAUUCGAAGUUUUAGAAUUAAAAAGUUGAUAACUUUACGCUUUAAUCUGAUCAAGGACAAUUGGGUAGCUGGUGGAAUUGAGAUCGAGAAGGAUGAGUGAGGUAUUUGAGGGGUACGAGCGCCAAUACUGCGAGCUCUCCGCCAAUAUAUCAAAGAAGUGCACGUCUGCUACCGCUGUUGAUGGAGAGGGAAAAAAACAGAGAAUUGCAGAGGUAAAAGCUGGAUUAGAUGAUGCUGAUACUUUGCUUAGGAAAAUGGACCUUGAGGCAAGGAGUUUGCAGCCAAGUGUGAAGGCAGCGCUUCUUGCCAAGUUAAGAGAAUAUAAGACUGAUUUCAACAAUCUUAAAAGCCAAGUUAAGAGAAUCACAUCACCUGUUGCUAAUCAUGCAGCCCGGGACGAGUUGCUGGAGCCCGGAAGGGCAGAAACCUUGACGACAUCGAACGAUCAAAGAGGGAGAUUAUUGAUGACAACCGAAAGAUUAAAUCAGUCGACGGACAGGGUCAAGGAGAGUAGAAGAACAAUGCUAGAAACAGAAGAGCUUGGGGUCUCAAUCCUCCAAGAUUUACAUCAACAACGCCAGUCUCUUCUACAUGCCCAUAAUACAAUCCAUGGGGUGGAUGGAAACAUUAGCAAGAGCAAAAGGGUCCUGACAGAAAUGACAAGCAGGAUGAAUAGGAACAAAUGGAUUGUUGGCUCCAUAAUCGGAGUCCUUGCCCUUGCCAUCAUGCUUAUCCUUUAUCUUAAGCUUACCCGCUAGCCUAUACUGCUGCUGCACUGCCUUGUCUAAUUUUACCGAUUUGACACUUCAUCAAACUCUCCUUGUUCUUUAUGUUGUUGGAUAUUGUUUCUAGCUUCUCUUUUUCUUCUCUCCAAGAUCUUCACUAAUUCCAGCGAGGGGCAAACAGAGUUGUGUUUUUGUUGUGUCU